AUGGAAGCCAACUUGGCAUACGGAAGGGCGAGUGCCAUCUUUUUUUUCACACAAGACCCAUCUGAGCCGAAUCCUAAUGAGGGCAAAAUAUCGUGGUGGGGAACAAUGCCGGCAUUGGACAUGCUAAAAUUGGACAGAAAUGAAGGCCAGGAUGCGCCCCCCAAGGUCCGAGUUCUUCUUGCAUCAUCACACGAUAUUCGAAACAUGGUCGAAACAAUCGCUCGUCUGCCAGACACAUAUUCGGGGGAAUGUGAGAUCGUGAUGAAUGGAAUCCACUCCGGGAUUUUCGCUCAGAAUAUCAUCCUUCUUCUGACAGCUUUCCAUUUUCGACCAGAGGACGCUGCCCCUAUCAUGAUUCAUUUGUGGUAUUCGGCUUUGAUCCCUGCGUCUGUUCUCGCAGCACUUCAAGCAAAGCUCCAGCCGUUGAUUCGGAAAGUCUGCUCCGAAGCUGCACAGAAACGUGCCCUUCAGUCUUUCAAAUGGGCUUGGAAGAAGAACAAAGCAUCCUUACAUGUGGAACUUCCGAGAGACGAGUGGGAACGUCUUCGAGAAUAUCUUCAGGUUCCUGAUGGUCUUUCUGCUGCCACUGCUGCCCGCAAUCGACAAGAAGUCACAUUGCCGAACAGCAGAGAGGACAUCCUCCAUAGAUUCCUAUAUGGACAGCCUCAAUAUUGGCGUGUCUCCUCGAUGAAGUUCCGCCGUGACGGCAUAUUGUUGCCCUUUGGGUGCUCACGCGAAGAAUUUGACACUCCUAAUCCGACACUUUUCCAUGCUAGUCAUUCUUGGCCUAUCCCAGACACUGCAGAUCCGCGCAGCAGCUGGAACCUUCUGGAUGUAUGCAAUGGAGCGUACACUGCGAGUCAUGCUGCGAAGAAUGAUCUGUACGGCUUGCUAUUCAUCUAUCUCCGAGAGACUAUCUUAGGCUUUUGUCGCCAAAUUGUGAAGCGAGAUAUUAGCAUUCGACUUCUUUCUGUCGAUUCACUGGAGCUACCGAAACGCUUCAAGGGGUCGAGCGGAUAUCCAGGAUUUGACCGAGUUGAAACAUACGUAACUGCAGAAAGGGACGUUCUUGGGAUCGAUAUCAACCUCGCCAUAUUUAGCCAGUUACUGAAGCCGAAGAUUCAAAACCCAAAGGCCAUGCUGCUUGUCCUCUUUAUCCGCGACAUUGACGACAUGUGGAGUACUGAGUCACUUGACAGGGACAUGGCUCGUGCUGCAAAAUACCUCCCCGAACCCGAGUCAACCGAUAGAAGUAAUGCAGACGCGUUGAGAAUGAGCAGGUCAAGCUCUUUUUUCCGCGAUGUCAGUAAAUUGUUCGAUCUUUACAAAAAGGCCGCAGGGUUUGAUAAACUUACAAGCAAAUAUGGGUUGAAGAUGAGAGGCAACAACACAAUCGUGGCCCACUGGCCAAUGCGACCCGGAAAGCAUGCCUCCCAGCGUGUGUUUGAUAUCCUUGAGGCAUCCGGCGCCACUGGCUGUGAGCGCUACAUCGAGUGGGAAUGGGCAUGA